AUGAAGAACGAACAAAGCCUAUCGGGAGUGACGUCACAGGUCAUUGAACCAAGACUAUCUAUGGGAGUGAAUGUCUUGUUAAUUAUGUCUGGCAAUGAAGCUGGUGACCCCACAGAGGGCACUAAUGCACAAGUAAACAAAGCUAUUUUGGACAGUAUUGAGCGCAUAAAUCAUCCAACAAGACUUACGAUAGCGAAGCGUAAUGACAACGCUAAGAUAAGCGAAGAUGUCGAUAAAGGAGGUGUGUUGUCCAGCUAUUCCAGCCAGUUGGAACUUGACCUUGAGACUAAAGCACCGAAGGUCAACGAAGAAAUUGCUGGUGUGGUAAACAAACUUCAUCUGCAUAGGGUCGGUGUCGACCAGUGUAAAGCUCUAAUUAAGCGACACAGCACGCCGGAAAAUGUUAAAGUUCGCUUACUGAAAUGUGAAAAUAGUAUCUGGACUCAGUUGCCGACUCGUACUCGAGGAACUGAUGCAAAAUUGCAAACUACACAACAGAUACUGUUAGCCGCCAUUAACUGUCAAUGAGAGGUGACGAAUAAAUUGCUAAAUUCCAAAGCGUCGAAGGAUUUGUUGACCUCCGCCUUAGAUGGGUUAACGUUGGCUAUGACUGCCAACUACGAGAUAAAUCAAAGACGUUGAGAUGCGAUUAGACCGCAGUUCAAGGUAGAAUUCGCCAAAGGGUUAUGCAGUUCUACUAACCCUGCCCACGAGUUCCUUUUUGGAGGGGACACUUCAAAACGAGUGAAGGAAAUUGCAGAUUUGCAAAGGAGCAAAGUGUGCAAAGGACAGCCCACUUAUACAA